AAUAAACUAGCCACGCCUUCUCUCAAGUAAGAUGGCGGACGGUACGCAACCUAGGCAGUUGGCUUCCGCAGCCAAGAUGUCGGGCCGUCACGUGACUUCCGCCAGUAUUUCCGGAAAAUGGAGGCGCCCAGUUCUCCGGUGGUGUUUGUUGUUAGUGGGAUUCCGCGGAGUUUUCGGUCGGCCCAGCUUCGUCAUUACUUCAGCCAGCUCACGGAGAGCGGCGGCUUUGUCUGCUUCCAUUACCGGCAUCGCCCGGAGCUGAGAGACACGGAGGGUAAACCUGUCUCUUUCUGCUGCCCGGUGACUGUAAAGCCUGAGAGAGCCCACGGCUUCCGUUCCAUGUACCAUGGCAAACCGUGGCUAGAUAAAGAUGGCAACCAGGUGCCCGGGAAGUGCCUCAUCUAUAAGGUGCGGCCAGCUGCAGAAGAAGAUUUACAAGACUUUCCAUACAAGACCCGUCGCGAGGCACGCUGUGAAUCCCAGAAACAUAUUACUGAUGUAGAAAAACAAGUAACUUCAAAAGACUUGCUUAAGAUGUCUGAAUUUAACCCCCCAGCACUCAUGUCUCAAGGAAAUGUUGGAACACCAGUAUGCACUUUUCUACAGCUAAUAAGGUCUUGUCGCUUACCACCAAAACUUAUAUCACGAUUGGGUCUGCAGUUCCGUCGCUCAGGACGACACUAUGGCAAUGUUCCCUUUCACUAUGCAGGAACCGAGAUUGCAGAGCAAGAAGAGGGUGUGUAUACAGCUACUGGACAUGAGAUAAAAGAAGGGGGAAGUAUAGGAUCUAAAGUGCUCGAAGAGGAGGAAGACAUUGUGGAGGAGUCACAGUCUAAUGAUGAUAAUGACACAUGUGAGGAAUGGGAGCGUCAUGAAGCUUUACAUGAGGAUGUCACUACUCAAGAGCGUUGCAAGGAACGCUUGUUUGAGGAGGAAAUUGAAUUGAAAUGGGAGAAAGGUGGAUCAGGACUGGUGUUCUACACAGAUGCUCAGUUGUGGCAAGAGCAGGAGGGAGAUUUUGAUGAACAAACUGCUGAUGACUGGGAUGUCGAUAUGAGUGAAUAUUAUGAACCUGGUUCUGGAGAUAAGGAUGCUAAAGAUUAUUUAAAGAUGCGGUUAGAGUCCAGGAGACGAGAAGGACUGGAUGAUGCAAAAGUGAAAAAUAAUGGCCUCGGAUGUUUUGAGCGACAUACAAAGGGAGUUGGGCGUAGGUUAUUAGAGCGUCACGGCUGGAUGGAGGGUACAGGACUUGGUGCCGGUGGUUCAGGAAUAGCAGAGGCCUUGGAGAAUGAAGGACAACAUCCAAAAUGCAAGCGUGGCUUCGGGUAUCACGGAGAAAAACUGUCCACAUUCUACCCCACAUCGAAGAAGCCAAAAUAUUUAAUUUCCACAAUUUAUGAUGAACCAAGAGAGGAGGAUACGGGAGAGACACUGCUCCGACGAAUGCCCUCCACUUCUAUGAAAUAUCGGGACAAACCGAUAAACCGUUGAGUGUUUAGAAAUGAAUGAACUUAAUACAGCAGCUAUAAUGACU